CAUCUAUUGAAAUGCACGCGGUACCCGUCGCGAGCGAGACACGCGGGCCGGUAACAGUGACUGUCCGGUCUUAUCGUGAAACAAAAAUAAUAACUCAAACGGACAGUGAUACGACUGACUUGUGAUAUUUAGUGCUUGGGACACCAUUUGUGAGUGCCGAAACGAACUGGACUGUUGGUGCUUCCAAACUGAAAAGCCGGUGUUUUACUGUUUGUUUUGAAAGAUUAUGUGCACCAACUAAGGCAUGGGUCAGACAGAGGAGGUUCGGCCCAGCCCGCGGCGCCGGUCGCCGGACCUGCCGCCGCUGCCGCCGCCUAUACAGCCUUGCAGCGGCUUCCUCGGGAAUGGCAAAUCCGUGAUCCGUCCCAUAGCGUUCAAGCCGCUCGGCGGGCGGCUGUCGGCGGGCGGCGAGCGGUACGGCUCCACGCCCGUGCUGGCCAGCAGGCCGCCCUCACACAUGACUCUCUAUGGCAGUUCAUCAGACGUGCGGGAGGCGAGGUGGUGCGGCUCGCCGCAGCCCGCGUCGCUGUCCGCGCUGCCGCCCGCUUCCCUCUCCACUCCUUUGCACCAGCGACAUCACUCUGCCAUAGUUAUGAAGUCGAACUCGGUGGUGAGCGGCGACAAGGAGCCGGCGCCGGCGCCGUCGCCCGCCGACUCCGGCGUCGCUGAGCUUGAGAGAGACCACCAUGACUACGGCACCACCGACCGCCUAAGAAGCCACGAGGUGCGCGUGCGAGCCCCGCGCGGGCUCAUGCUGCAGAGCUACGCGCCUCGCUCGCGGGACGAGCGGGACAACGAGCUAGCGAGGGUUAGGCGGGACAGGGCGCUGCUGAGGCAGAGGCUAGAGGAUACCGAGUGGAGCCUGUGCCAACGAGCUGGCGAGAUAGCUCUGUUGAAGACGCAACUGAAAGACGCACAGAACGAACAAACAGCGAAAGGCCACGAAUAUCUCACUCUCAAAGCAGACUGUCGCCAACUGAGAGAGGCGCUCGACAAAAAAGAGAAAGAAAUAAUGAGACUGCGAGCGGAAUCAGAGGAGAAGGAAAAAACGGCCAACCGGCUGCAAGCAGAAGUUGACCGACUAACCAACGACCUGAUGGAAAGCGUCUCAGACCUGACAAAGACAAAGGAAUCGAGCAAAAACGAAAUCGAGCGGCUAAAAACGGAACUGAAAGAACUCAGACAAGAACUAUCCGACGUUUCCCUCAGCGGCUACGAAGGGAUCGAGUGCGGGCGAACGAUGAGGGGAAUAUACGACGUUUGCAAAAAUAACGAGUAUCACUGGAAUUCUAAUGACAGCGCAUUAGAAGACGCCGAAGUCCAAAGACUGAAUGGGGAGAUGCCCGACCCUUGCGGGAGCCCGUGCCCCGCUAGCGUGUCCCUCGACCGACUCAAAUGCGAGAUGGAAGCAAAAGAAGCACAGUUCAACAACGAAAGGAGAAAGUGGUCGGAGGAAAAAGACAAAGUGCUGAGAUACCAGAAGCAGUUACAACUCAACUACGUCCAAAUGUUCAAGAGAUCGCGCACUUUAGAAGCAGAAGUGGACGGAUUGAGGCUAGAACUGGAAUUGUGCAACAAAAACAUGAAGAACAUCAACAAACACGGCAAAACUAUUGAGUUGUAACGCUACCAAAUUAUAUUAGUAAUAUUGUAAAGGAUAAACAAAGCGCUAAGAUACCAGAAGCGGUUACAGCUCGAAAACACUAUAUUGAAGAUUAUAAAAAAGGUAAUUUAAAUACAACAUAGAAAAUAAAACAAAAACUAUAAGCAAUAAAUAAGGAAUUAAUAGAGUUGUAACGCUACCAAAUUAGAUA